AUGGAGGUUUAUGUUCAUCCCAUCCUUGUGUUAUUCUCAAGUACCAUACUCUUUCUCCUCUCAAGGUCUGCUGCAGUAGACACAAUAUCAAGAAAUCAAGCAAUCAAAGAUGGUGACACCAUUGUUUCAGAUGGUGACAUGUUUGAACUGGGMUUUUUUAGCCCUGGAAAGUCCAGGAAUCGGUACCUGGGGAUAUGGUACAAGAAGAUAUCAAAGGGUACCGUUGUAUGGGUUGCCAACAGAGAGAAACCAAUCAACGAUACAUCUGGCAUUUUUGAAGUCAGUAGAGAAGGAGUCCUACAGAUUCUCAGUGCCGGUAAUACUUUGAUCUGGUCAUCCAAUUCAACGGUAUCUGUCAGGAGYCGUAACCUGGAGGCACAACUUCUGGACACCGGGAAUCUUGUUCUGUGGGAUGAAAGUAGCACCAAAGAAAAUCCCAUCUGGCAAAGUUUUGAUUAUCCUGGUGACACACUGCUGCCAGGAAUGAAAAUUGGAAAGGAUUUGGUAUCAGGAAGAGAGAAGUAUUUAACAUCUUGGAAGAGUCCUGAUGAACCUUCUAUAGGUCUAUACAAAAACUGGAUAGACACAAAUGGAUAUCCACAAAUAUUUCAGAGGGAAGGUCGAGUUAUACACUCCAGGCAUGGACAUUGGAACGGUGUUGGGUUUCAUGGCUUUCCUGUUGAAAACCCAAAUUCAAUUUAUUCAGUAGAGUUUGUUAUUAAUGAGAAAGAAAUAUAUUAUAGAUAUAAACAGAAGAAUUCAGUUCUUCCAAGGAUACAUGUGUCAUCAGAAGGCAUCACACUACAAUUAAACUGGAUCGAGCGAACCCUAGAAUGGGCCGUGUAUGGAAAUAUAGUAGUUGAUAGUUGUGGUCGUUAUGCACGCUGUGGUCCUUAUGGAACGUGUAGCAUCAACAUGUAUCCCCCCUGUAGUUGUCUGGAAGGUUUUGAACCACGACUACCAGAGGAAUGGAAUGCAGCAGAUUGGUCUGGUGGGUGUCAACGUGAACAACCUUUGCAAUGUGGGAUUGAGGAUGGCUUUUGGAAAAUUUCAGGAGUAAAAUUUCCAGAUACACGACGUUCAAGUUACAAUGUGAGCAUGACACUUGCCGAAUGUGAGAUGACUUGCAAAAGGGAUUGCUCUUGUACCGCUUAUGCACAAUUAGAUAUCAGAAACGGUGGAAGUGGAUGUUUGCUAUGGUUUGAUGAACUGAUGGACAUAAGAGAAUAUGAUGAAAAGCAAGAACUUUACGUAAGAAUGGCAGCCUCUGAGUUAGCAGGUACACCACAUUUUGAUCCUACAACUGUCAAAGGUCCUUCAGUCAUACUCAUCGUGGUGCUGACAAUUUCAUCUGCUGCACUGCUUCUGUCGACGAUAGCAUAUGCUUGUAGAAAAACAAAGAAACAGAUUCACAUAAUUAAGACAUUCAACUUCUUUGUAGGAAACUGGAAUGCCYUUGAUAAAAAGMAUGCUAGUGUUMAAAUGGAUGAUCUUGAUACGCUGCCAUUUUUUAACCUAUAUGAAAUAGCCAAGGCUACAGAUAAUUUCAGCAUCAACAAUAAGAUUGGAGAAGGUGGCUUUGGUCCUGUUUACAAGGGUGUGUUGGAAGAUGGAAGAAAUGUAGCUGUGAAGCGGCUCUCAGAAACAUCUCAACAAGGGAUUGAUGAGUUCAAGAAUGAAGUCAUUUGUAUUGCAAAACUUCAGCAUCGGAACCUUGUGAAGCUUCUUGGAUACUGCAUUCAUGGGAAUGAAAUGAUUUUGAUUUAUGAAKACAUGGCUAAUAAAAGUUUGGACUCAUUUCUAUUUGAUGAAAGCAGAAGUUCAAUGCUUGACUGGCCUCAACGCUUUCAAAUUAUMCAUGGUAUGGCUCGAGGUAUUCUUUAUCUACAUCAAGAUUCUUGCCUUCAAAUCAUCCAUCGAGAUCUCAAGGCAGGUAAUAUUUUGCUGGACAGUGAUAUGAAUCCAAAAAUAUCCGACUUUGGCCUUGCUCGAAAGUUUGUAGGGCAGGAUGCCAUGGCUAAGACGAAGAAGGUUGUUGGAACAUACGGUUACAUUUCUCCUGAAUAUGCAGUACACGGACGCUUCUCUAUAAAGUCAGAUGUUUUUAGCUUCGGUGUUCUUGUGCUGGAGAUAGUGAGCGGGAAGAAAAACAGAGGGUUCUCUCAUGGAGAUCACAGUGACAACCUUCUUGGACAUGCAUGGAGACUCUAUAAAGAAGACAAGUCCAUUGAAAUCAUGAGUGAAUCUUUACGCAAUUCAUGCAUUGUCUCAGAAGUACUACGAUCAAUACAUGUYGGGUUAUUGUGUGUGCAACAUCAUGCAGAAGAUAGGCCAACUAUGUUGUCAGUGGUUUUGAUGCUYGUUAGUGAGGGURUUUUKCCUCCACCGAAACAKCCAGCUUUUUUCAUCGAAGAAAGUUACCGAGAGCAGGACUCUGUUUCAUCAAUUGAUGAAUAUAUGAUAACACUAAUGUAUGCUAGAUAGAUUACAUGUGUUUAUGUGUGAUGUACAUACCUGUUGUGGAGUAUCCCAUCUGUCUCCUUCAAAUUUCCC